AGGAGAAAAAAAAAAAAAAGAAAGAAAAUAGAGGGAGAGGAAAGCGAAAAAAAAAAAAAAGAAAAAAAAAAGGGGGAAAAAAAUAGGGAGAGCGAGCGAGCACAAUCCGAUCCGAUCAAGCACUUUUGAGCUUCAUCCCUCCUGGGUCACGCACUGCUCCUCCACACCAAGGUGAUCAAAGAAGCGAAACAUCUGCAAAAAGAGCGGAAGAUACAGAGGGGAUCUCACUUCGUAGAGAUUUUUUUUUUCCCCCCUGAUUUUGUUUCCCCCCUUUUUCCCCCUUUACUAUAUUCUCCUUCUUUUUUAUUGUUAUUUUUUUUAUUAUUAUUUUUCUUUUUUAAUUUUUGGAACCGAUCAUUUCUCACCACCAACCCCCCCCCUCCUCCCUCCGAUUACAAACCAACCCAACCCCAACCUCGCCGAAGCUCUUUCCCCACCCCGACUCUGCACAGCCGUCCCCCCUCGCCUCGCUGAGGAGGAGGAGGAGGAAGAGCAGCGAGCGCGGAAGAUGGAGGUCUCCACGGACCAACCGCGGUGGGUGAGCCACCACCACCCGGCCGUGCUCAAUGGGCAGCAUCCGGACUCCCACCACCCCACUCUUGGCCAUACCUACAUGGACCCCACGCAGUAUCCUCUCGCCGAGGAAGUGGAUGUACUUUUUAAUAUCGACGGACAAGGCAACCCCGUGCCUCCGUAUUACGGCAACUCCGUGCGAGCCACCGUGCAGCGGUACCCCACGGCCCAUCACGGCAGCCAGGUGUGCCGGCCCCCUCUGUUGCAUGGCUCGCUGCCGUGGCUGGACGGGAGCAAAGCGCUGAGCAGCCACCAUAGCGCUUCCCCUUGGAACCUCAGCCCUUUUUCCAAGACCUCCAUCCAUCACAGCUCGCCGGGACCGCUCUCCGUUUACCCGCCUGCUUCUUCCUCCACUUUAUCCGCCGGUCACUCCAGCCCGCACCUUUUCACCUUCCCACCGACCCCUCCUAAAGAUGUGUCUCCGGAUCCGUCCAUCUCCACUCCUGGCUCCACCGGCUCCACCCGGCAGGAUGAGAAGGAAUGCAUCAAAUAUCAGGUGUCCCUGGCUGACACCAUGAAGCUGGAGUCGUCUCACUCUCGGAGCAGCAUGGCCUCGUUAGGAGGAGCCACCUCCUCCGCUCAUCAUCCCAUCACUACUUACCCACCUUAUGUCCCCGAAUAUAGCUCUGGACUUUUUCCCCCCAGCAGCCUCUUAGGAGGAUCGCCUACCGGGUUCGGGUGCAAAUCACGACCAAAAGCGCGGUCGAGCACAGAAGGCAGGGAGUGUGUAAAUUGUGGGGCUACCUCAACCCCUCUGUGGAGAAGAGACGGCACCGGGCACUACCUGUGUAACGCCUGCGGACUCUAUCACAAAAUGAACGGGCAAAACCGACCCCUGAUCAAACCCAAGAGAAGGCUGUCUGCAGCCAGGAGGGCGGGCACAUCCUGUGCUAACUGUCAGACCACCACCACCACCCUGUGGAGGAGAAAUGCCAACGGCGACCCUGUCUGUAAUGCCUGUGGGCUCUACUACAAGCUGCACAAUAUUAACAGACCCCUGACUAUGAAGAAAGAAGGAAUUCAGACCAGAAACCGAAAAAUGUCUAGCAAAUCCAAAAAGUGCAAAAAGGUCCAUGACAACCUUGAAGACUUUCCCAAGAGCAGCUCCUUUAACCCCGCCGCCCUCUCCAGACACAUGUCCUCUAUCAGCCACAUUUCACCCUUCAGUCACUCCAGCCACAUGCUGACUACACCGACACCGAUGCAUCCUCCAUCCAGCCUCUCCUUUGGACCUCACCAUCCCUCCAGCAUGGUCACUGCCAUGGGUUAGUGAGAGACUACCCUGCUGAAUGCUUACGGUCUCAAAAUGAGAUUUACUUUAUAUACUUGCAUUUUUGCAGGCGUGCGGUUAUGGGUCUGAUGUCCCAAAUCAAAUGGGAGGGGGGGAAAAAUAAAAAAAAAAUAAAAGAAACAAAAAGAAUAAAAAUAAAGAUGUUAUUUGAAGGCGUAAGAGCGAAAAAAAUAAUAUAAAAAAGAAAAAAAAAACUACAAAAAGCACAAAAAAGGAAAAAAAAAGGAAAAAAAAGGAAAAAAGAAAAAAAAGUUUUAAAAAAGUGAUGUUUGCCACUUUUUAAAGGAACUCACUAUGGCAUCUAUGUAUUCUUACCCACUGAAUCUGGAUACCAUUUGUGAAUAAGCCAUUCAGAACUUGCAUUCCCUAUUGGACAGGAUCUCUAGUGCUGUGAAAAAAAAAAUAAAGUAAAAAUAAAAAUUGCUGAACAUUGCAUAUAACUUAUAUUGUAAGAAAUACUGUACAUUUGAGGAAGACUUUAUUGCAUCUGGAGAGCUGCGAAGAAAAAAGGCAUGAAGGACUCUGAGAGAUUUUUUUUUUUUUUAAAAGGAAAAGAAAAAAAAUAAAGAUACGACGGGAGGACAAUUUAAAAAC